GCUCGAAGUAAACAUUGCACUGGAAAACUUCGCCAGUUUAGCGGUUUUCCCACUAAAAACUAUCGAAAAACUCACAUAUAGCAAUUUAAGGGACUGCAUAUGAUACAAUUACUCUAAUCCUGCUUCGACUGAAAAAAAACCUAAGAUGUCGCGAGCGCAAGCUGAGAGUGUCAUCAAGAACAUAAUCCGGGAGAUAGCUCAAGAGUGUGCCAGUAAAGGCCAGGCUGUCUCAGAAACAUUGGUGGCUUUCAUGGUUAAAGCCGUUGUGUUGGAUCCCAGUAAUGAAUUCAAUGUAGACCGCACCCUCACUAAAGAUGACGUACAAAAACUCAUCAAGAUUUGUGUUGACCGUCUCCUGGACUCGAGGUCCCCAUCUCUGGAUACCAUCAAGAUGCAGGUGUACUUUGACAUGAACUACACAACCAGGAACGACUUCCUGGAUGAACACCGACGAGUCCUCGAUUCUCGUCUCCAGCCUGUCAUCCGUGAAAUCACUGACAGUCGAGCAAGGACACGGGAGGAGUUGGAGAGUUUGUACCGCAAGAUUGUCUCUGCCGUCCUCUUGAGAUCUGGUUUGGGAAGCCCAACAGAUAUUGCAGUGGUGCGAGAAGCAACAGCUGCCUUGCAGAGUGUCUUCCCUCAGACUGAGCUCGGUACCUUCAUGGCUCUGACCAAGAGAGACAAGGAGAGACAGCUGCAGGAGUUGACCCAGAUUGUGACUGGGAUCAGAUUGUUCAACAAGGAAUGCGGCAAAGGAGGAGAGGGGAUUGAUGACUUACCUGCCAUCCUGAAUGAAGCAAUUCCUGCCACCACCCAGAAUGUCGAUGCUGAGAUCCAGAACACCUUGAGCAUCUCCUACAGGUACACAGCAUUGAUUCAGAAGCUGAGGGGUGACAGUAGUCAGGAAGGUCCGCCUACCCAACUCCUAAAGGAGGCUCUCAUCAAUGCAAGGCAGCAUGAGACUUACCUCAAGAUCUUACUGAAUGACAUCAUAGCUUGUGCCCAGCAGGUCGAGAUGUUGGAAUCACAGCUGGCAGCACGUAUGGAGCAGCUGCAAGCUACUGUCCAGUCUAAGACCGCAGUACCUACUGCACAAGUUUAUCCCCAGUUUAUCCAGCUGGCACAUUUGUGGUGUGGCUUCCAGGAUGAGAUGGUCCUGCUGAGUGUCCUCAGUAACAUCUUGGCCAGUUUGGAACCAUUCACAAAGGCUCACAAUGAGAUCUUCACUGAUGAGGUGUUAAAUCCUUUCAUGGAGGGUGUGACAGUCCUGUCUGAUGAAGAACGAAGGAGAGCUACCAGUGGAGAAGAGCAUCGUGUUGACCCAAAAGACUUCAAGAAAAUGGAAUGGCUCUUCCCAGAAACUACAAAAAACUUCAAUAGGUUACCACUGCAGUAUAAGGGUUACUGUGGAUGGUCGCUGGUCCAAAAUGACUGUUUACUCCUCCCGAGCAACCCAGAUAUAGGUGUAUUGAGAUAUAAUGACCACUACUAUGGCUUCUCGUCAAAAGAUGCUGCUUACGACUUUGCUGAAAAUCCUGAAGGAUAUAUUCAGAUGGCUGCAGAGGCUGCCAAGAGAAGUCCAGAACUGAUACAGCUCCUUGAACUUCACACCCAGUUUGCAACCAUCACACCCUACUCCCAGGGCAAGGACCCGGGCAAGAUGAUUGAGAAGCCAGUGACUAAAUGUGACAGCGGCACUCAGACAGACACUCACAUCCUCGAGGCUAAUAUUGUCAAGUCAUAUGAAUGGAAUGAGUGGGAACUCAGAAGGAAAGCAAUCAAACUGGCUAAUCUGAGAACCAAGAUCACACAUUCCGUCCAGACGAACCUCAGCAACUUGAGAAGAGACAACAUUUCCCAGGUGUACCUGCCAAAGGAAGCCACAACCCAGACAAAGACAGAUGGCUAUUCGAAUGUUCCCAAACCUCAAGUUUUCCUUGCUGGUCUCCGCGGCUGUGGGCUGGACUUGCCUACAAAUAUGGAGAAGGUAGAUCUGACCAUCGAUGUCGACCAGACAUAAGAACAGUAACCGAUAGAGGACUCAAUACACAGACAUUAAAUUACAAUCUGUAGUCUGCUGGUUGUUUUGAAGUAUUUAUUUAUAAAAAAAGCACAGAACCUUACUUUUACAUGUACAGAAAAGUAUUAUUGAGGUUAUACAAUAGAAAAUACUUGUAUGCCUGAUGUUCUUUCUAUUGCUUAAAGUCAUUGUCAUCAUUAAUCAUGUGUUUUCAACUGUUAAUGUUAAGUCAAAGACCAUGAAAAGCAGUUCCAACUAGUUUCCCUCUUCACCAAAAGGGUACCAGAUUCUUCCCAGGUGUACUGUGCAGGGAAUCUCUCUAUUAAGGACAGUCUUGGAACUGACAUAUGCUGUCCUUGAUAGGGAGAUGUCCAGAUUACAGAGGUGAAGUUGGCCCAUUUGGGUUCAAAACCGCUGCCUCUAAUUGGGAGGGAGGGUGCUAAGAGAGAUGUCUGCUGGUGCCAUGGGAGUCGCCCCCCCCCCCCCCCUGAAUGAAGAACAUACUGUAUUUCAUAUUUCUGAAUAAUUUGCCUGUGAUAGAUAAGUCCGUCCACUGUUUCAAAAAAGUGCAGCCAAUAAAACCUUCUUUUUGUGUGCAAA